AUGACGCGCGCGCGCGCGACGACGACGCGACGACGACGACGACGAUGGCGCGAAUGGGGUGGUGGAUUUUUUAUCCUCGCGUCCGCGCGCGCGCGUCGCGCGGUGGUCCACGGUGCGGUGGUCGAGGGCGCGGGCGAUGGGGACGCCGCGAACGCCCGCGGCGAUUUCUCGAGGACAUCCAUCGCGCCGGGCGCGGGGGGCGCGCACGUCGUUCGCGCGUUCCCGGCGGUGCCGAGGUGUUAUCCGCGGUGUCGAGAGGUGGCGAACGCGCGGUCGAUCGGGACGGAUCGCGCGGAGGAGGAUUGGUUUCGGACGCGCGAUGCGUUGAUUCGCGAAGAGACGCGACGGAACGUCGACGCGGUGGGGGCGCGCGUGCGGGAGACGAUGGCGAUGCUCGCGGCGAUGCGGGAGGAUGAUGCGAUGCGCGCGCGGAGCGAUGGGGCGAGGACGCUGUUGGUGGGUGAUCCGCGGGUUCGGGCGUUUUUUGAGCGCGGCGUCGCCGUCGCGGGCGAACUCGAGGCGGAUGGCUUUGAUGGCUUUUGA